UUCAUGUUCCGUUGUGAAAAUAUCCUUCCGCGAUAAAAAUAGAGAAUUUCAAAAACCAUACGAAUUCGAUUUUUUUCGAUAUUAAAAACUUCGAAAUUAUAUUUUGCAGUUAGUUACAUUUUAUGUGUACUAUUAGACGCAUGAAAUUAGGAUUUUCAGAGGUCCUUGUCUCCUUGUAGUGUUGCUCGAUCUGAUUCGCAUUUGACGUGGGUCGUCGUCUAAAGCAAAGGGCCACCUUAUAUUGUUUUGAUUUGGGGGGGGACCCUUGUUAUACCGCAUUCCUGGAGCUUCGAAAGUGCAUGAGUUACAGGUCUCUCCUGGUAGGGGGGGCAGCAGCGUGAGGCCAUGGAGGAGCAGACUGGAUCACCCGGAGCCAACACCGACAACAGCAGCAGCCAGAGAAACGGGGACGAGAAGCCCCGGCGCUCCAGCUGGACGAAGGGCAGGAAGAGGAAGAAGCCAGUGAAGGACAGCAAUGCCCCCAAAGCCCCGCUCACGGGAUACGUGCGUUUCAUGAACGACCGCCGCGAGCAGCUCAGGGCCGAGAGGCCCGACGUCCCCUUCCCAGAAAUCACCAGGAUGCUGGGCAACGAGUGGAGCAAGCUGCCCGCGGACGAAAAACAGCGGUACCUGGACGAGGCGGAGAAGGAUAAGGAACGCUACAUGCAGGAGCUGGAGAAGUAUCAGAAGACCGAGGCCUACAAACACUUCACCCGCAAGCUACAGGACAAGAAGAAGGGCAAGCAGCAUAGAGGGGAUGUGGCACGCCAGGUUACCCAUGAGUCCCUGCACGAGGACGCUGAGGGGAAGGAGAGGUCUGUUUUUGAUAUUCCCAUCUUUACCGAGGAGUUUCUCAACCACAGCAAAGCCCGCGAGGCGGAGAUGCGGCAGCUGAGGAAGACCAACAUGGAGUACGAGGAGCGCAACGCAGCGCUGCAGAAGCACGUGGAGAGCAUGCGCGGGGCGGUGGAGCGGCUGGAGGGGGACGUGAUGCAGGAGCGCAGCCGCAACUCACUGCUGCUGCAGCACCUGGACACACUCAGACACGCCCUGACCAGCAGCUUCAGCAGCCUGGCCCUGCCCGGCAGUGGAGAGCUGCCCACCCUGGACAGCAUCGACUCGUACAUGAAGAAGCUCCACUCCCUCAUCCUGGCCAACCCUCAGGAGCACGAGGCGCUCAUCAACACCAUCAGAGAGGUGGUGAGCCGCCUGGACAGGUAAUUUUGUACCACCAGACUUCAAGGAGAGUCGAGCUGCGCAUCGUACCUAUGUGUCCACCAAGGUUAUUUUAGGUCUGCUACCUUGCUCCGUGCACCCCCCUGCCCAUUUUAAGAUGCCUUUUUAUUCAAGUAUUAGCCGAUAUCGGGGUCCAGAUUCAGUGUAACCGCAGUCGUGUACAGAAUGGAAGCACACAGCGCUCCACAAGGCCCGGGCUGCUGAACACAAAGAGGAGCCCGGUUCCGGAAUGGAGAUUACCUGCUUAAAUUCAGCACCCAUAUGUGGGGACAAAGCCCAGUGGAUUUCUGGAAUCUGGCUCUGAAUCUUAAGUUAUUUAUUUUGUACUGUUUUUUGUAGGAGUUUUCAAAGUCAAAUUUGUAUCAUCAUCACGCCGUGCUGAAUUCUGAAUUUACAGAAACGCUUGGGUAGAGUUAAAGAGGCAAUAUUCACAUUCCCCAUUAACCUCUGUGGUAAUGGAAUUCUGUUUUUCUUUGUUGUUUAAGUAGGGCUAUAAAAUCCACAGUUAUCUGCAAACCACACUGCGAAACAUCUUUGUGUUUCCAACCGAUAUGGAUUGCCUGCUUUUUUUCAAACAAACAAAAGAAAACAUUUUCGCUUUUGUUCAGAUGUUUUAAACCGGCAGAAUCUUAGUCAUUUUACUGUUUGUUGGCUUGGAAUGGUGACUUGGUUGUAGGGGAUGAGAGAGAAAAGUCUUCAUUUUAUUCAUCUUCAGUUUUGCUUGUGAGGGAAGCCCAAUUCACAUUCAAAGGCAGUUUAUCACGAGCUAAGCAUUACUGUAAUAUUAUUGUGCCAGUGUUUAAAUUGUUUGUAUGUUGUAAUGGAAAAAAGUACUUAAAUGUUCCAAAAUGUUGUGUUGUUCAAUAAAAUGGUUUUGCAGUA